UUAGGCGUUGGUAGAGAAAAAAAAUCACAAUGAGAUCUUCUUCUAGGAUGGGGAGUUCAGCCCAUCUAAUUUACGCUCUAGGCGUUAUCAUCAUGGCAAAUAUGGUUGCUGCUUAUGAACCAAGUACAUAUAGCUUGCCACCACUUCCGUCAUAUUCACCAUCUCCAAAAGUAGAAUACAACACUCCUCCAUUACCAUAUGUUGACAAUUCUCCGUCACCACCACCGUACUAUUCUCCAUCACCAAAAGUAGACUACAAGUCUCCUCCACCACCUUAUGUAUACACUUCUCCUCCACCACCACCAUAUUAUUCACCAUCACCAAAGGUUGAGUACAAGUCUCCUCCUCCACCAUAUGUUUACAAUUCUCCACCACCACCUCCUUACUACUCUCCAUCACCAAAGGUAGACUAUAAGUCUCCUCCACCACCAUAUGUUUACAGUUCCCCACCACCACCGCCAUACUAUUCACCAUCUCCGAAAGUCGAGUACAAGUCUCCACCACCACCAUAUAUCUACAGUUCCCCACCUCCACCACCAAAUUACUCACCAUCUCCAAAGGUUGAAUAUAAGUCUCCUCCUUCACCGUAUGUCUACAGCUCUCCGCCACCUCCACCAUACUACUCACCAUCUCCUAAAGUUGAAUACAAGUCUCCUCCACCACCAUAUGUCUACAGUUCCCCACCUCCACCACCAUAUUACUCACCAUCUCCAAAGGUUGAGUACAAGUCUCCUCCUCCACCGUAUGUCUACAGCUCUCCACCACCUCCACCAUACUACUCACCAUCUCCUAAAGUUGAAUACAAGUCUCCUCCACCACCAUAUGUCUACAGUUCCCCACCUCCACCACCAUAUUACUCACCAUCUCCAAAGGUUGAGUACAAGUCUCCUCCUCCACCGUAUGUCUACAGCUCUCCACCACCUCCACCAUACUACUCACCAUCUCCUAAGGUUGAGUACAAGUCUCCACCACCACCAUAUGUUUACAGUUCCCCACCACCACCACCAUACUACUCACCAUCCCCGAAAGUUGAGUACAAGUCUCCUCCACCACCGUAUGUCUAUAGUUCCCCACCACCACCACCGUACUACUCACCAUCUCCUAUAGUUGAUUACAAGUCUCCUCCACCACCAUACGUCUACAAUUCUCCACCACCACCUUAUUACUCGCCAUCUCCUAAGGUUGAAUACAAGUCUCCUCCUUCACCAUAUGUCUACAGUUCCCCACCACCACCGCCAUACUACUCUCCAUCUCCUAAGGUAGAGUACAAGUCUCCUCCACCACCACAUGUAUACAGUUCUCCACCACCACCAUAUUACUCACCAUCUCCUAAAGUCGUAUACAAAUCUCCUCCACCACCAUAUGUAUAUAGUUCUCCUCCACCACCAUACUAUUCACCUUCACCUAAAGUACACUACAAAUCUCCUCCACCGCUGUAUGUUUACAGUUCUCCACCACCACCAUACUACUCACCUUCCCCUAAAGUACACUACAAAUCUCCACCCCCACCAUAUGUCUAUAGCUCUUCACCACCACCAUACUACUCACCAGCCCCUAAAGUUCACUACAAGUCGCCACCACACCCACAUGUAUGUGUGUGUCCACCACCUCCUCCAUGCUAUGCUCCUUCACCAAAAAUAAUAUACAAAUCUCCUCCACCUCCAUAUGUUUACAAUUCUCCACCACCACCAUACUACUCUCCAUCUCCUAAAGUAUACUACAAAUCUCCUCCACCACCAUAUGUUUACAGUUCUCCUCCACCACCAUACUAUUCACCUUCUCCUAAGGUGUAUUACAAGUCUCCUCCACCACCAUAUGUCUACAACUCUCCACCACCACUAUUUUACUCACCAUCUCCUAAGGUAGACUACAAGUCGCCACCACCACCAUAUGUUUAUACCUCUCCACCACCGCCACCUUAUUAUUCUCCUUCUCCAAAAGCUGAGUACAAAUCUCCACCACCACCUUCAUAUUACUGAAAAGCAGUAAAUGUGAGUUUUAACCAGCUACCGAGUUUUAUUUGAUUUCAUAUGUUUUUUUUUUCUAUAUAACAAGUAUGCAACUUGUUUCAAUUUAUUUGGAAUGUUGAUUAAUAAUUUGGGUACAAUACCUUCAUAUGUUGUGUUUUCUUUAAUUUAAUUUGUGGAAAGAGUGGUUGCGGUUUAUUUGUAGUCAUUUUCACAUUGUGGUUAUGAAUUUCUAUUUUGACAUGGUAAUG